AUGAAGCUCACCACUGUCGUCACUGGUGUGUUGGUCAUGGCAAGCACUACUUCCGCUGCCUCUUGUGUUGAGUUUCCCUCGAUAUUAUUCAGUCACUUCGAAGUUACUGCCGAGGGGGUUAGCAACGGCCCUGAGAUUUGCGGUCGUCUUUGGCUCUACUUGAGAAGAUUCCCAUGUCUAGCCUUUCAGCCAUACUGCAAUGUAAAGAACGGCAAUCUGCUGUGGCAAUUUCAGACGACCAUGUUCUGCGCCCCGGAAAUGGUCACUUCGUCUUGGUGGGAGGCCACCCACAACAAGUUUGGUGCCCUUGAGAUGUGUGAGGCCCUGACGAAAGUAUCGCGGCGGUCGAAAGCGAUCUCACCAUGA